AUGCUAUAUAUAUGCAUUUAUCUGCUUCUGUCGCUCGCGUCUGCUGCGCUAGCAAACUGGGAGGCAUUAUCAGGAAGCGAUAUUUGUCAACAAAUCCAAGGCAACAUCACUGGCGAAGUCUAUCUUCCCCUGGAUUGGACGCUUAAUUAUGAAUCUGAAAUUGAACAUUGGAUGACUUCAAGCACUCAAAAUCCUGCAUGCACGGUAAAAGUUGCCAGUGACGAGGAUGUUUCUACUGUCUUGAAGAUUAUUGCAGCCAAUCGACAGCCAUUUGCAGUGAAGUCAGGGGGCCAUGCAAGCAAUCCUGGCUUCUCUAGCACUACUGGUGUCCACAUCUCGCUAGCGAACUUGACCCAGGUCACACUAUCUGAGGAUAAAAGUACAGUGGUUUUAGGAACUGGAAAUAUCUGGACUGAUGUUUUCACGGCUAUCGACGGAAUGGGUGUUAACGUUGUGGGCGGGCGUGUCGUUGGACCCGGUGUCGGUGGCUUCACUCUUGGAGGAGGUUACUCCUGGCUAACAGAUCAAUACGGCCUGACCUGUGACACAGUUGUCUCCUUCAACCUUGUUCUCCCAAAUGGAACUAUAACCACUGUUGAUUCCACGAAUCCUGACCUUUUUUUUGCUCUUAAAGGUGGUUUGAAUCGAUUCGGGAUUGUCACUAGUGUCGUUCUCAAAACAGUUCCACAGGUGCCCAUGGUCUAUGGUGGUUUUAUCGUAUAUGGUGUUGAUGCAAUCCCCGAUCUCAUUACCGCCACUGAUAAAUUCCAAAACGAGAACACGGAUCCCAAAGCCCAGGUCAUACUCACCAUCAACAAUGGCCUAAUUCAAGGUGCCAUCCUUAUUAUGUUCUACGAUGGCCCAGAUCGACCUGCAGCUUUUGAUCCAUACAACAACGUCAGCAGUCUCCCGAUCAUAUCUGAAGUCAAAACACAAUCUUUUGCAUCAUUUGCCAAAGUCACCCCGUCCAAUCUCCAGAAGGGGUACAGAGGGUCUUUCCAUUCCAUGAUGACUACUGGUCUGACAGAGGGAUUCAUGAAAGCAGUUCAUAAUGAAUCUGUCUUUUAUGGAGCAAUUGCUGUUCUUCAUGGUGGGACGUUCCUUAAUUACGAGAUUGAGCCUUUCCUCGACUAUGGGAAAUACGCCACAGAGUCCGCUUUUCCACAUGAAAAAUCCCCAAUACCCUUAAACGUCUAUUUCGCCUGGACAUCUCCAUCGGACGAUGCAUAUUGGAGAGGUCUUCUGCAACAGACCAUCUCCCAUCUGACUGAUGUAGCUAAAAGUGAGGGAAUCUAUUCCGAGGAUCUGUAUACAUAUCCAAACUAUGCUUUGAGUACUUAUAAUGGCAACCAAAUCUACGGACCAACAAAUGCAGCGAGGUUGAGAGAGAUCCGAGAGAAGUAUGAUCCAGAUGGAGUAAUGCUUCUUGCUGGAGGAUUUGAUAUCUGA